AUGCCACCUCCCGCGCCCCCCACAGAGCUGGUGCCGUCGGAGCGCGCAGUGGUGCUGCUGUCGUGCGCGCUCUCCGCGCUAGGCUCGUGCCUGCUGGUGGCCACGCACGCCCUGUGGCCCGACCUGCGCAGCCGGGCGCGGCGCCUUCUGCUCUUCCUGUCGCUGGCCGACCUGCUCUCGGCCGCCUCCUACUUCUACGGGGUGCUGCAGGACUUCGAGGGCCCCUCGUGGGACUGCGUGCUGCAGGGCGCGCUCUCCACCUUCGCCAACACCAGCUCCUUCUUCUGGACGGUGGCCAUCGCCCUCUACCUGUAUCUUAGCAUCGUCCGCACCUCGCGCGGCCCCGGAGACGGCCGCCUGCUUUGGGCUUUCCACGUCGUCAGCUGGGGGGUUCCGCUGGCCAUCACCGUGGCGGCUGUCACUCUAAAGAAGAUCGGCUACGAUGCCUCGGACGUGUCCGUGGGCUGGUGCUGGAUCGACCUGGAGGCGGAGGACCGCGUGCUGUGGAUGCUGCUGACUGGGAAGGCGUGGGAGAUGCUCGCCUACGUCACGCUGCCCGUGCUCUACCUCCGCAUCCGGAAGCACAUCAACAGAGCGAGGCUGACACCAGUGCUUGCUUUGGUGACGCUGAUAGCUGCCUUUGGGUCAUCCUUCCAGUAUGGGUACAACGUGGCUGCUAUUAACUCCCCUGCCAAGCUCAUGAAAGCAUUUUAUAACGAGACCUACUAUGACAGAAUCAGUGAAUACAUAAGCGAAUUUUCCUUGACCUUGCUGUGGUCGGUUUCUGUGUCCAUGUUUCCCUUCGGAGGCUUCCUCGGCUCCCUCAUGGUCGGCCCCUUGGUGAAUAAAUUAGGCAGAAAAGGAACCUUGCUGUUCAACAACAUCUUUUCCAUCGUGCCUGCGAUCUUAAUGGGAUGCAGUGAAGUUGCCAGGUCAUUUGAGAUGAUAAUUGUGGCCAGACUUUUGGUGGGAAUAUGUGCAGGUCUGUCUUCCAAUGUCGUCCCUAUGUACUUAGGGGAGCUGGCCCCUAAGAACCUGAGGGGGGCCCUGGGCGUGGUGCCCCAGCUCUUCAUCACCGUCGGCAUCCUUGCGGCCCAGAUCUUGGGUCUUCGGAGUCUCCUCGCAAACAAAGAAGGCUGGCCCGUCCUCCUCGGGGUGACCGGGAUCCCCGCGGCUCUGCAGCUGCUCCUGUUGCCCUUCUUCCCGGAGAGCCCCAGGUACCUGCUCGUUCAGAGGAAGGAUGAAGCGGCUGCCAAAAGCGCGCUGAGGGUGCUGCGCGGCUGGGACGACGUGGACGCCGAGAUACAGGAGAUCCGGGAGGAGGACAAGGCCGAGAAGGCUGCGGGCUUCAUCUCCGUGCUGAAGCUGCUCAGAAUGAGGUCCCUGCGGUGGCAGGUCAUCUCCAUCGUCGUCCUCAUGGGCGGCCAGCAGCUGUCGGGAGUGAACGCGAUCUACUACUACGCAGACCAGAUCUACCUGAGCGCUGGGGUGAGAGCACAGGAUGUCCAGUAUGUGACGGCGGGCACAGGCGCGGUCAACGUGCUGAUGACCGUCUGCGCCGUUUUCGUGGUGGAGCUCCUGGGGAGGAGAGUCUUGCUCCUCCUGGGCUUCUCCAUCUGCUUCACCGCCUGCUGCGUGCUGACGGCCGCCCUGGCUCUGCAGGACACAAUAUCCUGGAUGCCCUACGUCAGCAUCGCCUGCGUCAUCUCCUAUGUCACAGGACAUGCCCUUGGGCCCAGUCCUAUCCCCGCACUGCUCAUCACCGAGAUCUUCCUGCAGUCCUCCCGGCCGGCCGCCUACAUGGUGGGGGGCAGCGUCCACUGGCUCUCCAACUUCACUGUGGGCUUGAUCUUCCCAUUCAUUCAAGUGGGCCUCGGAGCUUACAGCUUUAUCAUUUUUGCUGUGAUAUGUCUUCUCACCACCACCUACAUCUUCCUGGUUGUCCCCGAGACCAAGUCCAAGACCUUCAUAGAAAUCAAUCAGAUCUUCACCAAGAUGAACAAAGUGUCAGAGGUGCACCUGGAAAAGGAGGAGCUAAAGGACUUUCCGCCCUCUACUGCGGGGCAGUAA